AUGCAAGAUUUGGUGGUGAAGUCAAGGAGCAUUGUGCAUCCUAGAAAUAUCGUUAACCAAUCAACCGAUCGUGUGAAGAAGAUCAAUCUGACUCCAUGGGAUCUCUUGCGUCUUCGUUUUUGUUAUCCUCAAAGAGGUCUUUUCUUUCCCAAACCAGAUUCAGAUAUUGAGGCAAUCAUCUCAAAGUUGAAAACUUCGCUUUCUGUUGCUCUCGACCAUUUUUACCCUUUAGCUGGUCGUCUUGUCAAAGAGGUCAACGAAGACGAUGACACUGUCUCGUUUCUCAUCAGCUGCGAAGAUGGUUCCGGUGUUAUGGCUAUAACCAUGCCGUUGCUGACGGCAGAUCGAUCUGGAAAUUCAUCAAUGCAUGAGGAGAAUGUUUUGAAACUGAAAGCUAAAGCUAACGAUGAAGCUGGGCCUGAAGAAGAUGGAGAGGUCUCUUCGUUUCAAGCGGCUUUAGGACAUAUAUGGCGUUCAAGGGUCAAACACGGUGGCAUGAGACGAGAAGAAGAGACACAUUGCAGAGUGCCAAUAGACAUGAGACAGAGGCUGAGCCCAAAGCUAAAAGAAGACAGUUUUGGGAAUGUGAUUCAGACCGGAAUAAAUGUGGAGAUUCCAGCUUCUGUUAGCGGCACUCUACUUGUUACUAGCUGUCCCCGGUUCAAUGUGUAUGGAAAUGAUUUUGGUUGGGGUAAACCGAUCGGUUCACGUUCUGGACCACCGUUUAGCAAUGGGAAGCUCGUAGUUUUCAAGGGGUUGAAGAAGGAGGCUUUGAAUUUCAAGCGACAUUCCCGUCUCAAGUAG